GAAUUUGGAUUUUUUCUGUUUUUUUUUUUUUUUUUUUUCUCUCUCUCUCUAAACUUUUCUUCACCUUUCAAAACCGCUCUUUCAACUCUGCCUUUAUUUUUCACUCCCCCUCUCUCACUCUUCUCAUUUUCCCCUCAAAAACUCCGCCAAUACAAUGCUUUAACCCUUGAAAAAUAUCUCAAUAUAAGCUCAAUUUUCCUUUUCACUCUCUAACUCUCAAUUUUUGGUUGAACAAUUGUCAAGAUUCGGUACAUUUCACGCUUCCGUCUCCGAUCGGCCAGUUGCUUUGGCAAGAUCAGGUUGUGUGGAAUUCGUUUCUACCCUGCAUCUUCAGAGCUUUUUAGGACUUCUUAUUCAGUCAUGGCUGCUGACUCGGAUGUUGGCCUUUCUAAUGGAAAAGUUAAUGACCAUGUUGAUCCUCAGAGGACUUACCAAGUUGUUGUUGCUGCAACUCAAAGUAUGGGUAUUGGUAAGAAUGGGAAAGUUCCAUGGAGAUUGCAUUCUGAUCUCAAGUUUUUCAAAGAUGUUACUGUGACCACCUCAGAUUCAUCAAAGAAGAAUGCUGUUAUAAUGGGUAGAAAAACUUGGGAAAGUGUUCCCCUCGAGCAUCGUCCUCUUCCAGGUCGGCUCAAUGUAGUCCUGACUCGUUCAGGAAGUUUUGAUAUUGCAACUGCUGAGAAUGUUGUGAUGUGUGGAAGCAUGAAUUCUGCUUUGGAACUGUUAGCGGGAUCUCCUUAUUGCCUGUCAAUUGAAAAAGUAUUUGUUAUAGGAGGUGGAGAAAUUCUAAAGGAAACCCUCAAUGCACCUGGAUGUGAUGCUAUUCACAUUACAGAAAUUGAGGGAAACAUUGAAUGCGACACUUUCAUCCCAGCUAUUAAUAAUUCUGUAUUUCAGCCAUGGUACACAUCUUUUCCAUUGGUUGAGAAUAAAAUUCGAUAUUCAUUCACCACUUAUGUCCGGGUGAGGAAUUCAGUAGUUGCAGACUGUAAUCCACCAAAUGAUGUGACUCAUAGUGGCCCUGGUUCUGCUAGGAUUGGGUACAAAACAUUCACUUUUUUACCUAAAAUGAUUUUUGAGAGACAUGAAGAAUACAAGUAUCUGAGACUUGUUGAAGACAUUAUUUCUAAUGGCACCUUAAAGGAUGAUAGGACAGGGACUGGAACUCUGUCAAUAUUUGGCUAUCAGAUGAGGUUCAAUCUUCGAAAAUCUUUUCCGCUCCUUACAACGAAGAAGGUUUUUUGGCGAGGUGUCGUUGAGGAACUUUUGUGGUUUUUAAGUGGUUCAACAAAUGCUAAGGUUCUACAAGAAAAGGGGAUUCAUAUAUGGGAUGGCAAUGCAUCUAGAGAUUACCUUGACAGCAUUGGUUUGACUGAGAGGGAAGAGGGUGACUUGGGACCAGUAUAUGGGUUCCAAUGGAGACACUUUGGUGCUAGGUAUACUGACAUGCAAGCUGACUAUACUGGCCAAGGAUUCGAUCAGCUGAUGGAUGUUAUCAACAAAAUAAAAAACAAUCCUAAUGAUAGGCGGAUUAUACUUUCUGCUUGGAAUCCUUCUGAUCUCAAAUUGAUGGCACUUCCACCUUGUCACAUGUUUGCACAAUUUUAUGUGGCCAGUGGGGAGUUAUCUUGUCAAAUGUAUCAACGCUCAGCUGAUAUGGGUCUUGGAGUGCCAUUUAACAUUGCAUCAUAUGCCUUGUUGACAUGCAUGAUUGCUCAUGUUUGUGACUCAAUGUCGAAAUCCAUUACAGAUCUUUCUCCAGGCGACUUUGUCCAUGUGAUUGGGGACGCUCAUAUUUAUCGCACUCAUAUUAGACCUCUGCAGGACCAGCUUCAGAAAAAACCUAGACCUUUUCCAAUGCUGAAGAUCAAUUCUGAGAAGAAGGAUAUUGAUUCCUUUGACGCUGCUGAUUUCGAGCUUAUUGGGUAUGAUCCUCAUGAGAAAAUAGAAAUGAAAAUGGCAGUAUAGACUUGCUGGUUUUCUUAACAAGUGAGAAAGGAAGCAUAUUGAAAAUGUUCUUUCAUCUUAAUUUUGAGGUAAUGCUGGUAUUGACAAUUACAACUAAAGAAUUACAAAAUGGCUGUGCUAAACUACUAAAUAUCUAGAAGCUUACUGUCCUUAGUUUCAUGUAGAACUGGUGUUUUUGAGGUGAUUUCAGGUCAUAGAAUCGACUUGAUUUUUCUCUCUUUUUGUUGUGAUGUUGGAAGAGUACUUCCCUUUCUUUUUCUCUAAUAAUAGUCGUACUGUUUUUUGAGGUUUUCUUCAACGCCAUCCAUUUGGUUGCUAUAUUAUAUGCAGCGAGGAAAAAUUUGUCCCGAGUGACAUGUUUCUCACCGAAACCUGCAAUUUUAUCAGGAUGGAUUUAUUAAGGUGUAUUCAAUUGGAACUUUUGAAUACUUUGAUGGAUUUCUUUUAAGUGAUGAUUUUUGUGAA